AUGGAUUUGAAGGCUACAAAAUAUGUGAAAAUACGUGAAUUGGCUUGCAAUGAUGUUCAGAAGGUUGCAGACUCACUGAAUGUUAAUUUAACGCACUUAAAUUUUGAUCGUCUUAAUUUUGGUGAAACAAAUGCAUUUGAUGUAUUUUACAACGCUGAUGUUGCACUGGUCGAUGUUUCCAUACAAAAAAGAAAAUCUUAA